UUACUACUGGGGUGGCAUACUGUAACAAACCUCCUCCUCAUGUAAUCUCCUUACUACUGGGGUGACACGCUGUAACAAAUCUCCUUCCAUUUAAUCUCUUUACUCCAGGGGUGAAAUACUGUAACAAACCUCCACCUCAUGUAAUCUCCUUACUACUGGGGUGACACACUGUAACAAAUCUCCUUCCAUGUAAUUACCUUACUGGGCUGACAUGUGACCUCUCCUCCAGCUCAGCCCCGCCUCCUCUACAGCAUCACACAGGUCCUUCAACCACAAUCUUUUCUCUCCUCCACAGCUAAGCUCUGCCCCCACAUGUGAUGGUGACAUCAUCACAGGUCCUACACCUUCAGCAUCUAGCAGUCCGGGCCAGGGGAGGAGACGGAGGGAGAGUGGGCCUGGCAUCAGUCCCCGGCCGAAACAACUACGUCGCCAUCAAAGGUAUCACCAAAACAGCGGACAAUGCAGCAAUCCUACAGAGAGAGCGACGGAUACUCCUGCUGGCCCGAGACUGCCCGUUCCUGUGUCACCUGUAUGCUGCACAGCAGUCUCAGGACCAUGCCUUCUUCAUCACCGAGUACCUGUCCGGCGGCAGCUUGGAGGAUUUACUCAGAGUGUACAGCAGUCUAAACAUCGAAAUAGUAAGAUUCUUCACAGCAGAGAUUGCAUGUGGCCUCCAUUUCCUUCACAGACAGAACAUCGUCCACCGAGAUAUCAAGCCAGAUAACAUCAUGCUGGAUCGAGAUGGACACAUCUGCAUCAUAGACCUCGGACUUGCCCAAGAUGGCGUCACCUCCUCCAACAAGAUCCAAGGAGUGACGGGCACAUUACUUUACAUGGCCCCAGAGGUGCUCCAGAGGAAGAGUUACCAUGCAGCGGUUGACUGGUGGAGCCUGGGGAUUGUUGUAUCCCGGAUGUCAGCAGGACGUUCCCCAUUCUACUUUGGCUGCGACAGAGAAAUGGCUCGCGAUUCCAUCACCAGAGAGAAGCCUAAUAUUCCAUCUUGGCUCCCUGCUGACCUGAAACAUCUGAUCCAACAACUGCUGCACAAGAAUCCUGAGAAGCGGCUGGGUGUGAACAGGAACAUCAGAGACCAUCCAUUCUUCACCACCAUCAACUGGGAGGAACUGGAGCAGAAGAGAGCACAGCCGCCAUUUACACCAUUCGAGGCAGCUCUGAAGAAGGGAGACCUGCGGUGGUCAGAGGUAGAGACAGCUCUUCACCCCUUGGAAGGAUUCUCCUUCAUAGCUCCAAGCUGGGAAUGGUAAGAUCAGCCCACGGCCCAGAGCUCUGUACCAUCUGAGUGCUGCACCCAGGAGCGGCCUGUGCUUGUAACACCUCAGCACAGACCUGGUAAGUAUCACACAUCAUCACACAUACAUUAGGAUCACACACAUACAGGUAGAUAGAAAUAUACACACAGGUACAUAUAUAGAUAGUAUAGACACAUACACACAGACACACACACAACAGAUAGGGGUAGAUAUCGGCUCUGAUCCUGGGACUUGUUCCGAUUGCCAUAUUUGGGGUCAGGAAGGAAUUUUUCCCCUUUGAGGACAAUUGGCUUAUUCAUCAAGGGGUUUUUUUUGCCUUCCUUGGGAUCAUCUCAGCCAUAAAUAGGUCAAGUAUGAUAAAUCUUUAAUUUAUUACUAAAUAUUCCCACAAAUAAAAUAAUAUAAAAAUAAAUUAUAAAAAAAAAAAGGUAUAGCAUAUAAAGUAUUUAUAACAUAUAGUUUUCCAUAUUAGAUAGGUCAGGUACUGGCUUUUGAUCCUGGGACUUGUUCCGAUCGCCAUAUUUGGGGUCAGGAAGAAAUUUUCCCCCCUUACAUAAGGAUAAUUGGCUCUUUCCUCAAGGGGGUUUUCGUCUUCCUUUGGAUCAACACAGUAUAUAAAAAUGCUUUACCUAUACAUUUAUAUUUCACACAUAGCAAAAUAGAACAUAACACACAUUUCUAUGCCUCGCAGUAUCCCCAGUAUACCCUUCCUAUAAAUAAAAAGUCCUUUUUUC